AUGGAGCAGGAAGAGCACGAAGUGUACGGUGCAGACAUUCCCGACGAGGAGGUUGACAUGGACGCCGACGCCGAACAACAAGACGACCAACUUCCCUCCAAUCACACAACCAAGGAAUUGGAGGACAUGAAGAAGAGGCUGAAGGAGAUCGAAGAAGAAGCUAGCGCCCUUCGCGAAAUGCAGGCCAAGGUUGAGAAAGAGAUGGGCGCUGUUCAAGAUUCGUCUGGUCCUUCAGCAACUCAAGCUGAAAAGGAAGAAGUGGAUGCUCGGUCAAUCUAUGUUGGCAAUGUUGACUAUGCAUGUACCCCUGAAGAAGUCCAGCAGCAUUUUCAGUCCUGUGGAACUGUGAACAGGGUGACCAUACUGACUGACAAAUUUGGUCAACCAAAAGGGUUUGCUUAUGUAGAGUUUGUGGAGAUUGACGCUGUUCAGAAUGCUCUCCUGCUUAACGAAUCAGAAUUGCAUGGUCGACAACUGAAGGUUUCGGCCAAGCGCACAAACAUUCCAGGAAUGAAGCAGUAUUAUGGAAGAAGACCAACUGGUUUCCGAUCUAGGAGGCCUUUCAUGCCUGCCCCAUUCUUUCCACCGUAUAGUUAUGGAAGGGUGCCAAGGUAUAGAAGACCCACUCGAUACAGGCCAUACUAG